AUGAAGAAGGCAGGCAAAGAGCGCAAACCCUCAGCAACGACUGUCGUCAAAUCUAAGCCAAAGCGAUCGCAGCUGGCCGCCGCCACAACGCACCACGUGGACCCGGCGGCGACCGCGCACCUCGGACCGGCGGUCGUGCACGCCGACAAGACCACGCUGUACUCGGCGCGCCUCCACCGCGUGGAUAUCAAUGCGGAUGAGAACUGCGAGCUUCUUCUGCAAGUGCUGCGCACCGCCAACGGCAGCUACUUUCUCUGGGAGCGCACGACGCAUGUCGAGCGUCACUACGGCCACGACGUUGCGCUCGACGCGAGCGCUGCGAAAUGCGCGGUCGCGGCAAAUGUGGACGACGCCCUCCACAAGUUUCAAGCGGCCUUCUUGGCCAAGACGGGCAUCACAUGGCGCAACCGCUUCCUCCAUGACGCCCGAGGCGACUACACCUUUGUGGACGUGGACCUCGGAAGUCCGCAGCACUUGACGUCCGAGGUGCGUCAUAUCAUGGCCCUGCUGGACGAGUGCAACUUUCGUCCACGGACGCCGACGCCGACGCCGUUGCCGUUGCCGGUGCUGCUCUCCAAGCACACCCUCGACCGUGCCAUCGCGCUCCUGGACGAGAUGCGCGGCGUCUUGGCGGCCGCGCCGUCGCGCACGCGGCAGCGCUCGUCGCUGGUUUUGCUCUCGAGCCACUUUUACGCCCUCGUACCCCACUGCUUUGGACCCGAGCCCAUUGGCCAGCACGUGCUCGACACGCACAGUCGCAUCGACGCCAUGGCCGAGGUCCUGACUACGCACUUUCUUGGCAAGCCCAAGGCGGGCCUCUCGGAUCCGCUCCAUGCGCAGUUCCGGGCCCUGCGCUGCGACUUGCAGCUGCUCUCGUUCGCCUCGCCCGCGCGCAAGCUCAUUCAAACGUACUUCGACAAUACCAAGGUGCCUCUCAAGUUCCCGCUCACGUUGCGCUGCGUGUACAAAGUCGACAAGCAGAUCGAGUCGGAUCGCUUUCAAGCCUUUGCGACGCUGCACAACCGCAAGCUGCUCUGGCACGGCAGCGCGCUCAACAACUGGCCGAGCAUUCUCCGAAGCGGUCUGAAGAUUGCACCGCCCAACGUCCGCACGAACGGCCAGAGCUUUGGCGUCGGCCUCUACUUUAGCGACUCGGUGUCGCGCUCGGUGGGCUACUGCCAUUCAAACAAGGUGGGGCUCCUUGCCCUCUGCGAGGUGGCGCUUGGCACAUCGUAUGUGACGGCGGCGUCGGACGCGUCGGUCAAGAGUCGCGUCGACGGUGUCGCCUACGACAGCGUCCACGGCUGCGGGUCGUUUCUCCCGGACUCUGGUUUCGACCACGUCAUGCCAGAUGGCGUCACGGUGCCCAUGGGCAAGCUCGCGCGCCGCGACUUUGCGACGGAGAACGGGCUCGAGUACAACGAGUACAUUGUGUACAACACGGCGCAAAUGCGCAUGCGGUACCUCGUCGUCGUCGACUUUGAUGACACGCGCGUCCCGUAA